GCAACUACCAUUACUCCGUCAUCACAUCAAAUCCAUCCCCUGACAUUAUUUCCCGCAAAACUUCCAAGUCUGUAGCUUUGAUUUUUGAUCCUCCUACCAAGGUAGCAAGCGCCCUUGUACGCUUCACCCAUUAGCCAAAAAUGCCUCCACAAUCCGAUGACAAACGUCAAGCCGCCCGCGAAGUUAUUGACAUUCUUCAUGAGAUUUCGACCCUCCUAAACACGAAUUUGGACCGAACGGAGCUCUCUCUAUGUGUCUCUUUGAUCGAGAAUGGAGUCAACCCUGAUGCGCUUGCGACCGUCAUCAAAGACUUGAGAAAGGAGGCGGUGGUUGCAUCGCGUGGUCUUCCAAAUGAGGCGUCUGAAUGAUUCUUAUGCUUGGUUUUUUUUUCUCUCUUUUAAUCUGUGUUAGGGGUUGCAUUUCUCUGUUAUUCUGAACUCAAGAUACCCUGUUAUUCGCAUUUUUAUGAUAAAAAUGAUC